ACAGAACUUUAAAAAGUAAACUUUUAAUUGUUACUUAUUAUUGUUAUUUGUUUGUUUGUUUUAUUGGUUGUAGUUGUAUUCCAUUUACUUUUUUUGGUAAAGAAACAGAAAAGUUGGCGUCAGUCAAGGAAACUAACGUGACCGUUUCAUCCGUACUUAUUUGAAGUUAAACAAGUGUCAUCAUCAUGUCAACUCACAAGCCCCGCCUACCGCUCUACCGAAGCUCCGCCCAACCGUUCUUUUCAAUCUCGUUGAGAAACACCUCAGCCAACCACUCAAACAGGUAAAGGUGUGCUGAGCGAUUCCGCCUGGAGUCACGCAGGUGAACCGUUGUUUCCGGGAGUACAGCUGCCAUGGCUGAGUCUCAGCUAGUAUGCUUGGACGACGAACAUGUCAACGUGAAAAUACCGGAGUCCAAGCCGGAGUUUUACUAUAGCGAGGAGCAGCGGGCCGCGCUCGAGCAGCUCUUGAAGGACGGGGAUGGCGCGUUCAAGAUGCGCCUCAAAGAGGAUAAUAUUAAAGACUUUCUCUCUGCAAGGGAAAUCAAAUGGAUGCGGGACACCUUCCAGGAAUAUGACAGUGACUCGGACAUCUGCAGCUCACGGUCGCCCCACGAUACAAGUGAAGACUCAGGUGUUCACUCAACCUACUGGCCGACCAUGUCAGAUACGGAGAUCCCUCCGCUAGACAUCGGUUGGCCUAGCAACGGGCAUUACAAAGGGGUAACUCGGGUGUCGGUUUACACCCACCCAUCAAAAAACAACAGUCCGCAUAUUAAAGAGGUGGUCCGCAGACUCAUUCAAGAAUCCACGAAGUUGGUUGCAGUGGUCAUGGACCUGUUGACGGACCUGCUGAUCCUGCAGGAUCUGUUAGACGCUGCGAGUAAGAGAGGGGUGGCUGUGUAUCUGCUGCUGGAGGAGAACGGCUUGCCGCACUUCCUGGACAUGAGCAGCAGACUGCAGAUUUCUGCACAGCACCUGAGGAACCUGCGUGUGCGAACCGUGAGGGGCUCAGGCAUGCCACUGUCCUUUGGUCGUCUGCCAGGAUCACUGUGCUCAAAGUACAUGUUGGUUGAUGGCGAGAAAGUGAUGUUUGGAUCAUACAGUUUUACGUGGAGUUCCUCUAGGAUGAACCGCAACACAAUCACGGUGAUGUCAGGACAAGUUGUUGACUUCUUCGACAAUGACUUCAGAGAGCUGUACGCUGUGUCUGAUACGGUGGACCUGUAUCGGGAGUUUCACAUCUGUAAGCCGGCCCUGUCAGUUCCUGUGCUGAAAACGCCAGCGGAACCCAACAAACUCACAGUUCCUGUAUCCAUGUCACGCUUCCAGAUCUCUGUAGAGGACUCCAAAGAGGCCAACCUAAAGGUGCCUGCACAUAAAUACCAUAAUCCCAAGUACUCUUUAGUCGUUGGAAACAGUCUAGGUGUGACUGGCUCCCUGCAGGAUCUUACUAAGCUGAGAGACUAUGUUGACCAUGCCCCUGUGAAUAACAUGGAAAAAUUAAUCUACACAAAUGGGGAUCAUGUACGUCCACAGUCCCCUACAUCCCCGGAUGGGACAGAGGAUAAUAAGGGCGAUGGGAAGAAGCUUUUGCAGUUUGGUUCUAAAAAGCAGCGCUCUUCCUUUCGGCAUUUCUUGAAAGGCAGAGCAAACAACCAGAGUCCAGACCCUCUCUCUAAAACAACCCAUCAAAGCACAAAACAACCCAUCACGGGUGCAAAACAGAUCAGUCAUACAGAUGUUAAGGUUACCAGCAACUCCAAGGAAGCAUCUUGGUUGGCCAAUCAUGUUAAUGAGCAAGAAGACACAUCCAAACACGUUACUCCCGCUCCUCGCAAGAUCUCAGAGACUGACAGCAUUGGUGAAGUUGAAGACACAUUUGAGUUCAUAGAGAAUCCACCACCGGUGAAGUUUAAACUCAAGAAGAACAAAAUGGGUCCCAGGAGUGUUUCUCUUCAGACUAUUGCCACAGAUGGCGAGGACGGCCCGAAAGGGCGGAGGCGGAACCAGAAGAAGGCCUGUAUUCAGUCCUGAGGCAUUUCUGCUAGAGGAAUCAACAAGAACAUGUGCUUCUAGAUCAGGACUUUGGAUACUAGGACAGGUUUCAAUGAGAAUAUUAACUUUAUAAACUGUUAAAUUUUUUUGUUUAGACAAGAUGUAGAUAAUGAUUCUCCCUAAAAUAAUAUUGAUUCAGCUGUCAGCUGAAAAACUAAGUAUUAGUGCUGUGUUUAAAUGGAAGUGCUGCUGACACUGCGAGGAGCUGUUGUCAGAAAAAAAAAAGACUGAACUAAAGUGAGCAUACAAUGAUCAUGUGACCUCCUGCCAGUUACAGAGCUCAUAGGAGGACUGCUGAGAUCAACUGUAUGAAUAUAAGACUCUGAAAAUGUAGCAUGAUGCACAUAUUUCCUCUUUAGCAGAUCUCUGCCCUGCAUAUUUACCCAGUCCUAAUCAGUUGCACUCACCCAAUCCUCAAGUCUGUGGGAAAAGCUCCACAGCAAAGCUGACCGAUUACAAAUAAAAACAUGAGUGAUCGGUUACCAUUAAAGGUGCAGUCUCUUUUACCAUGGCUCAGCAAUAUUUUCCAGAUGAAAUUCAGCCAUUUCAAUAGGAAUCUGUAAGAUUGGGAGUUUUGCUUUAGGGUGAAAAGGUUCCCCAUGCAGGUUUAAUUAGUUCACCGGAAAUCGCUGCAUUGGUGUUUGAAAGUGAAUUAGAAACUUUUUUGCCCUUGAGAUUUUGCUGAAAUGUUGUUACUGUGAUGUCAUCUUAAUUAUAUCAGUUUGUACAAAAUAUAAAUAAAAAUACAGUCCAGCAAUGUAAAA